GUAGUGACGCUCUUCCUCUCGCGCCUGCCGCAGCCGAACCUCGCCUCUUGCUGCGGUCUCACAACAAAACAAAAGGCCUUAAAAUUCGCGACAUAUGUUCAAAAGCGAUAAAUCACCACAAACAGAAUGACGGAGACGACUAAAACGCAUGUCAUUUUGCUGUCAUGUGGAAGUUUCAACCCCAUCACGAGGGGACACAUUCACAUGUUUGAAAAAGCCAGAGACUACCUACACAAGACUGGACGAUUCAUUGUGAUUGGGGGUAUCAUCUCACCAGUACAUGAUUCCUAUAGCAAACCGGGCCUUGUCUCUAGCAGACAUCGUCUCACCAUGUGUCAGCUGGCAGUUCAGUCUUCUGAUUGGAUCAGAGUGGAUCCUUGGGAGUGCUACCAGGACACCUGGCAGACCACUUGCAGCGUUUUGGAGCAUCACCGAGACCUAAUGAAGAGAGUCACAGGGUGCAUUCUGUCCAAUGUGAACACACCUUCCACAACCCCUGUGAUUGGCCAGCCCCAAAAUGAAACUUCUACUAUGUACCAAAACACAGCUAACAAGUCUGUGGCUAUUAAGCUUUGGGGAAAGAUGAGCGAAGGCCUGGGAAAAAUUUGCUGUGUUCGCCCACACAUGGAGCGUUUUACCUUUGUUGACGAAAAUGCCAACCUUGGUACUGCAAUGCGCUACGAGGAAAUUGAGUUGCGUAUCCUGCUCCUUUGUGGCAGCGAUCUCCUGGAAUCUUUCUGCAUCCCUGGCUUGUGGAAUGAAAGUGAUAUGGAAGUGAUUGUGGGGGAUUUCGGGAUAGUGGUGGUUCCUCGGGAUGGAGCUGACACAGAAAGGAUAAUGAACCAUUCAUCUGUGCUUCGAAAACAUAAGGACAGUAUAAUCGUGGUUAAGGAUGAAAUCGACCACCCGAUGUCAGUCGUCAGUUCGACUAAGAGCAGACUGGCUCUUCAGCACGGCGACGGUCACGUGGUGGAUUACCUGAGCCAGCCUGUCAUCGACUACAUCCUGCAGAGUCAGCUCUACAUCAAUGCUUCUGGAUAGGGUGGAGAAGUCCACUUCCGAGCCAUCAGUCAUCCCUGUCUGUCUCACUGUGUGUAAUCUAGAGUAUAAUCCUCCUGUGCUACCACUGCUUUUCCAUGUAGAGGAGCAUUAAUCUGUCCUCUGCUCUUACUCGUGUCUCACUGGGAUGUACAGCACUGUGCCUGAGGGAUCUGCUCCACCAAUCAGCUUUAAGGGACUGGGUGGGCUUAGGUGCCCAAUAGGAGGAAGAGGAGAGAGCCUCGCUGCCACUAUGACAGAGAAAGAGUGUUUUUGAUUGAAUUAGAUAAUUCAUUGCCUGCUAUAAUGUCAGUCUUUGCUGUUGAUUUAAUGCUCUCUGUUCUUGUAGUUGCAUGCCUAAGGGUUUCCUUUCAGCGCACGAGUGUUUAAAAUACCACGUAGACCGUAGUCUGUGGUUACAGUGUACAAAAAAACUAUGCUUAGACUCAUCUCAUCUCUAACUACAUUUUCUACUCAUCCAUCAACUGUAUGUACAGAGAACAUCUCAUAUACUGUAUUAUGCCUCAGUGUUUUGUCUUCAAUGUGCAUUCAUGUAUACGUGGAGUAUUUGGUUGCACAUUAAAGAAUGCGAUUUCAUUGACUUUGCUUUCGUGCACAUUUACUUCUCCACCGCUCCUUUUUGCUUGACAUUAACUUGCUAACAUGUCACAGAUGUGAUGUCUAGUAAACUGCCUGUGCAUCAAA